AGGGUGGACCCUGGGAAGUGGUUUGUCCUGGAGAUCGCUCAGUGCAUUUACCAGCAGCACAGCGGUGAUCCGGGUCAUAUCAAGCCAGUGUCCAGCCUUCCAUCGCCAGAAUGUCCAAGAAAAUCCAAGGUGGCUCCGUGGUGGAGAUGCAGGGGGAUGAGAUGACUCGGAUUAUUUGGGAUCUGAUUAAAGACAAGCUCAUUUUACCCUUCGUGGAAUUGGAUCUGCACAGCUAUGAUCUUGGAAUGGAAAAUCGUGAUUUGACAGAUGAUAAGGUCACAAUUGAAGCCGCUGAAGCCAUCACAAAAUACAAUGUCGGGAUCAAGUGUGCCACCAUUACCCCUGAUGAGAACAGAGUAGAGGAGUUCAAGUUAAAGCAAAUGUGGAAGUCUCCAAAUGGAACCAUCCGAAACAUUCUAGGAGGAACAGUAUUCAGAGAGGCCAUCAUUUGUAAGAACAUUCCCAGGCUUGUCUCUGGAUGGGUCAAGCCUAUCAUCAUUGGACGUCAUGCUUAUGGGGAUCAGUACAGGGCAACUGACUUUGUUGUUCCUGGUCCAGGCAAGGUGGAAAUCUCAUUUACUCCUAAAGACGGUGGAGAACCCAUUAAAUAUGUCGUCCAUGAUUUUAAAGACGGUGGAGGUGUUACUCUUGGAAUGUACAACACUGACAAAUCCAUUCAAGAUUUUGCCCACAGUUCCUUCCAGAUGGCACUGGUUAAAGCAUGGCCUCUGUACAUGAGCACUAAAAACACCAUCCUCAAGAAAUAUGAUGGACGCUUCAAGGAUAUAUUCCAGGAAAUCUAUGAGAAGGAAUACAAAUCUCAAUUUGAGGAAAAAAAGAUCUGGUAUGAACACAGACUUAUUGACGAUAUGGUGGCACAAGCAAUGAAAUCUGAGGGUGGCUUCAUCUGGGCAUGCAAAAACUAUGAUGGAGAUGUCCAGUCAGAUUCUGUUGCUCAAGGAUAUGGUUCUUUGGGAAUGAUGACCAGUGUUUUAAUAUGUCCGGAUGGCAAGACUGUGGAGGCAGAAGCGGCACACGGCACAGUAACCCGUCAUUAUAGGAUGCACCAGAAAGGCCAAGAAACAUCUACUAAUCCUAUUGCUUCCAUCUUUGCUUGGACACGUGGCUUGGACCAUAGAGCGAAGCUCGAUAACAACACUGAACUGAAAAACUUUGCUACAACUUUGGAGGAAGUUUGCAUUGAGACAAUAGAGGCUGGUUUUAUGACUAAAGACCUUGCUGCUUGUAUCAAAGGCUUACCCAAUGUGCAGCGAUCUGACUACUUGAAUACAUUUGAAUUCUUGGAUAAAUUGGCUGAAAAUUUACAGCUGAAGCUCUCCGCUCACCCUAAAUUGUAAAAGCUGCACUAAGAAGAAAACUACUCAGGAUUAUUCUUCAUGGGUUUACAGUACCUAUUAGGACUUCAUUAUUUUCCACCACAAAUCAUCAGUCCCUUCCUAUUGCUCUGUAUUUAGGUUUUUAUACAAUUUCUGGAUACACGUCUAGACCUUUCUAUUGCAGAUUUUCUGAUAAGCUCUUCCUCAGUAUGGAUGAGGAAAGUCAUGCCAUAGUUGUACAUAUUUACUGUUAUAUUCUGAAGACCUGGUUAUAUGUCAAAAGCCAGAUUCUGCUCUUGUGGUUUCAAGAGCUCAGGUAGCAAAUCAUAAAACAGGAGGGUCAUCUCAAUUGCUGUGAAAAUAUUUGCAAUGUUUCUCUGUGGUCUUCAGCUUGCAUUAAGGAAACCUGCUUUGAAAGAAAAUGGAGGUUGCCAUUCCUGGCAUCCUUUGGAAAAUGCCAAUUGCCUGGAUGUUACUUCAGUACUUUCUCAGAACUAGCAUGCAGUAAAUGGAAGUCUGCACUACUAAUACAUGCUCUGUAAGUUAGAGAGUAGUUAAGCUAUUGAAUCAAAUUGAAUAGCCCAGCAACUACUAUUCUUAGUAGAUAGCCAUGAUGGCAGCCUAUAUAUUUCUCUCAGCAUAUGUUUGCAUCAUUAAAAAAGAAAAAGCUGCUUAUGGUGUAAAAUAAGUGUACACCAAAUGGGGCACCAGGUUCUGCCAAGUGGAAUAUGACUAAUCCCAGUCCUCCAUCAAAAUGAUCGUCACUAAAAUUCUGAUUUUACAGUUACAACUGUAUUCAGUAUCCAUGGUUUUAAGAAAAAAUAUAUACAUUUUUAAGCAAAUGUAGACAAUUGAAUGGUGUUGAACUCUAAAAAAGUAAAGUCAUUUGGUAAACUGUUACGACUAUUCUAGUAAUAUUGUCACAGAAACAAAGUCCACUUUCCUGAAUUUUAUAAAAAAUCCAAUCCACCCAAUUUGGCAGCCUUCUAGUUUGUCUGGAUAGCUCUGCAGCAGGUUAGUGGCUUUUCCAUUCAUAACAGCCACAGCUUGCUGCUUAUUACACUAACCUAAUCACUACAUAGUUCCUUAAAAAAACAACUGAUGGAGGAGAAAAGAGAAGUCAUUGUGCUUAUUUUUUAAGAAUUCUUUUAAACAGAUGAGUCGCAUACUGAAUAUAAGUCCCAUUUACAUAGUGUACAGAAGACUUAUUCAGAUCUAUAAACUACUCAAAUCCCUGUCAGUACAGACAGAAGCAUUUACAAAUAUAUAUUAUUCAUACAGUACACUAGGCAAUCCAUCUAGAGAGUACACUAAGCCAGUUACCAGGAUGACCUGUUUCGGGAUAUUCCCAAAACAGUUCGUCCUGGUAACAUGUUUCGGAGCAUGCCCUGAAACAUGUCAUCCUUUAAAAAGGGACAUGCCUCGAAACGUGUUAUCCUGGUAACCAGCUUAGUGUACUUGUCCAUUCAGUUUGUUCCCAGGCAGCGGCUGAGGACUUCCAUGCUCUGGUGACAUCAUUCCUGGUUAGAGUCCCCUGGGGUGGCAGCCAUCUUUCUCCCUGUCCUUGCUGGAUGCCUGCUAACUUUCCAUCACUGCCUAGGAGCACCAUGUAAGAUUUAUUUGAUAACUUUUACUUGGCGUCUUUCUUGGACAUUGUUUUAUGUGGAACUUCCUUUAGCCCGAGACAGUGUGCAUAUGUUUUGAGUCUAGCUUUUAAAUUGUGCAUUCAUUUUUUUAUUUUACACUGGAGCACCUAUUUAGUGUUCACUUACUAUUCAUCUGUUCCACUACCCUAGUGUCCACUUUCAAGGCUGUCCAAAUCCACCCACGCACCUGACUGCGAUAACAAUUUCAACUUUGUAGUUAUUGUUGGUAAACAAGCUGCUUUGACCAAUGUAGCAUAAUGCCUUUGCUAUAGUUGAAGGCUAUUUACAUACUUCAUGAAGAGAGCCAACUUGUCAAAAUCGCCGAACUACGUCACUUCCGUUGACACUACGGUACACGACAUGUUGGCUGUUUUGACAUAACACCGGGUAAGGACGACAAAAGUUUUUGCCGCCUUGGAGGCGGCCAUGUUGGUUGUCAGUAUGGGCAGACUAACACUCUUUACUCAUAUCGUCUACCGUACUGUAUGCCCUGCCGGCGUUCUAUCAAAACAGGCAAGUCGUCAAAAUUUGCAAUUACUGCUGUUGGAGAGUAAUCGGAAUUACCCUGACACUUGCUACAGUACUUUAAGUUACCAACCUGGAUCAAGACUGCAGGUCUGAAAAAAUAAAAAAAAUAAGAUGUUCUUGUCUGCAUGCUUUUUUUGGAUCACUGACUCAAAGUCCUGAGGCCAGAGGGUCAGCAUUACAGCCAGAGAACUAGCAUUUACAGACACUGAUAUUAGUAGUAGCCCCAUGUUUCUCUCAUGACAGGUUUAUUUUAGGCAGUUUGUUUUAGUCCAGUAUGUGUUUUUUUUGUUUCUUCCUGUUUAAUGUGGUGUUUAUCUUGAGGAUUCUUUAUGAACUUCGGUGCUCUGGAAAUCAGAAACCAAUUGAAACCAUACAUUUUAAUGUUGCAGCAUAAACUUACUCAAAUAUGCAGAAUUCAAAAACUCUACCUCAUUUUUUUCAAAUAACAGUCCUAACACCUACCAAUACUUCAAGCACAGUCCUGUGAUCUUUCACCUCACUGGUUUUGGUUGCAACAACCAAUCUGCUGAUUCAGCAUGCCUAUAUUUUAAUCAGUGCAGGACAAAUGCCAUUAGGCGGGAGCCUAAAAAAAAAGGUACCUGCAAACCUUACAGGGCUGAAGAUUGGAGGACUAAGGUUCCAGAUGUCAUGGGGCCAUACAUAGAUUGAGACAAGUUUUAGUGUGUUAGAACAUUUAUGAAAAAAAAAAAAAAUGUUGUAGACAUUGCUUAGGAGACGGGCAAAGGGGGAAGCAAUCUUAACUUGUUAUUUUUAGGUUGUAGUUCAGCUUCAACCUAGGUUCUCCCAUUUUAUGUGCAAAGAAUCCAUCGGUGUCUUGGCUUAAUGUCAUAGUCUGCUGUGUUUUGUAAAAACUAACACAUUGUCUGUUUUUACAGAAAUCCAUGUUAUAUUUUUAUUAAAGCAGAUUCAUAAUGAAA